AUGGCAAAGUCAUCAACAGUGGUGAAAGCGCCGCGGAAGCAAGGCUUCAACCGAUCAGGCCACAGUAUGAACCCAGAGCGUUCAACGAAAGACCUGAAAGGUGUCGCCAAGCCGCGUUCAAAAGGGACAAUAAAGCGAUUGCAGAUGUAUCGAUGUCAAAAAGCCAAAAGAGAUCGUUCAGGUAAAAUAAUAACUCCAGCUCCAUUCCAGGGUUGGAACAAAUCAGGAACCAUGUCUAGAGUCGAGCCAUCACCUCGUUGGUUCGGUAACUCCCGUGUGAUUUCCCAAAACGCGUUGCAGAAAUUCCAGAGCGAAUUAGGCGCCGUGAUGAAGAACCCUUAUCAAGUAGUAAUGAAACCUACGCAAUUGCCUAUAACUCUGUUAGAGCAGAAAGCCGCUCAAGAGCGUUGCCACAUAUUGGACACGGAGAGUUUCCACACGGUGUUUGGUCCCAAAAAGCAGAGGAAACGCCCAAAUUUACCUGUAUCGUCCUACGAUGAGAUGCAGAAGCUAGUAGAGGAGAGGGAGGAAAAAUACGACAAAGAAAAGGACAAGAAGGACUUUGACCUCAUAAGACCCGAUGAUGGGAUUCGAGAUGCCCAACGUGAUUGGGUUAUGGGCGCAGGUCAAAGCAAAAGAAUUUGGAAUGAAUUAUACAAGGUGAUAGAUUCAUCCGAUGUUAUUUUACAAGUUUUGGAUGCGCGCGAUCCCUUGGGCACUCGAUCUCCACCUGUGGAAAAAUUCCUCAAGACCGAUAAGCCUCACAAGCAUUUAAUUUUCAUCCUUAAUAAGGUAGACUUGGUGCCAACUUGGGUUACACAAAAGUGGGUUAAAAUCCUGAGCAAGGAAUACCCAACUGUUGCGUUCCACGCCUCGCUAACCCACCCCUUUGGCAAAGGCUCGCUGAUAAAUCUGCUCAGGCAGUUCUCUAAAUUGCACAUUGAUAAACAGCAGAUAAGUGUUGGGUUCAUUGGGUAUCCCAACACCGGAAAAAGCUCGAUAAUAAACACCCUGAGGUCGAAAAAUGUAUGCAAAGUCGCGCCAAUUGCAGGAGAGACAAAAGUUUGGCAGUAUAUUACUCUGAUGAAGAGAAUUUAUCUGAUAGAUUGUCCUGGAGUGGUUUAUCCCUCUGCGGAAACUGAUACUGAGAAGGUUCUCAAGGGAGUUGUCAGGGUUGAAUUGGUUACGAAUCCUGAAGAUUAUGUCGAGGCUGUUUUGGAACGCGUCAAGCCUGAGUAUAUGCAACGGACGUAUAAAAUUGACGAGUGGUCGGACCAUAAUGACUUUUUGGAGAAACUGGCAAACAAAUGUGGGAAAUUAUUGAAAAAAGGCGAGCCUAAUAUUAACGUUGUUGCCCGCAUGGUGUUGAACGAUUGGCAGCGUGGAAAGUUGCCGUACUUUGUCACUCCCACAGCUGCAACUGAACAACAAGAGUUGCAACAGCAGGAGCUCGAAAAGACAUGUGAGCCAAUUGGGGAAGAAAGUAAUGGAAAUACUGAGGCUCAGAUCAAUGCUGAUACCGAAAGCCAAUCGGGUAUUUCGGAUGUGUCUAAAGAUAAAAACUCUGUGGGUGAUGCGGAGCCAACAGCUGCUAAAGAGAAAUUACAGCCCUCUGUCUUGCAGGACUUUAGGAAAAUUCGCGUAGCUCUUAGUUAUGUUGGGGAGGACAACCAAAAGCUUGAUAUAAGUAAUGGUGAGUUGGGUAAAGGUGAUUCCGUGAGCGAGUUGAGCUACUUGCAAACUCCCGCGGGGUCUGGGGAUGAAGAUGAUGGUGAUGAUGGUGAUGAUGGUGAUGAUGAUGGAGAUGGAGAUGGAGAUGUGGAGAAGAAGGAGGAGAAGUUGGAGCCAGUUCUUGGCAAGGAUGACAAUAAGAUGUCAGAAAUUGACGAAGGGACUGUUGAACUAGAGGACAAUCUGAUGCAAAGUGUUUUUGAUGUUGUCUCUGAAAAGGACGACUCCAGUGAGGACGAAAUUCCCAAAAGUAAUAAGAAAACUAGUACUACUAAGUGUUCAACUGCUAGCGGGGCUUUCCAAGUUUCUUCGCUUGGAACUGAAGACAAGAGCAACAGUUUGACGAGCAAGCAACGACGGGGAAUUGAACGUCAGCAAAAGCGCAAGAAAAUUGGCAGUAACUUUUAUGAAGUUGCUAAUGUCAAAAAUCGCAGGCAUAGGAGAGUUCAGAAAGUUUAA